AUUUGCUGUAUUCAUUCCACUGAUCUCAUUUCCUGUAACAAAACAAAGUUGAAUGCCGAAUAUUUCAAAAAAUAAUCACUGAAAAUCUCGUAAAAAUGGCACAGAACGAUGGCAACAAUAAUAGUAAUGUAAAUACCAAAAAUGUUGAUGAAUCGCUGCUGUCUUUGAAAGGGUAAGAUGGGUUGAAUUGAACCGAACAUUUUACACUGGACCAUAUAUAUUUUGGAAAUUCCAUGAUAAAUCUAUUUUAUGUAUCAAUUUUUCCAAACCAGACAACCGACCUUGCUAAGUUUGCUAAGUGCUGAUAGCUGAUAUCAAUACAUCCUGAGCCAUUGGCUCAAGUAAGAGUAAGGGCGACCUUCGCCAGCCAAUUACUAGGGACGGGCAAGAUACUGUUUUGCCACUGAUACCAGAUGGUGUCAUAGUCUACCGAAUACCAGUCAGGGAAAAAUGAUAACCGGAUACCAGAUAAUAACUGGGUACUAAUGGUGGCACUUUGACAAUACAUCAUGAAAACAUUCAUGUAUGCAGUAGUUGUUACUAGUGAUGGGCGAUACCAGCUUUUUUGGUUUCGAUACGAUACCAGUCCGAUACCAUGAAUUUUGGUCGAUACCGAUACCAAAAUCGAUACCGAUACUCAAUUUUUUCCAUUAUUAAAAUAACUUUUAAAACAAGAACAUUAGGGAGCAUUCAUUUUUUAGCUGGGGGGGUGGAGGAGGAACUGAUGUCUAAUUCCAUGCGAAAACUUGGAACCCCCAAGACAAAAGUUGAUAAAAAAUUAUGACUCCCUAUUUUUUUUACUGAAAAUUUUUUGACCCCUCAUCCUAACUAUUAAUCCACACGGUGUCGUUUCCAUAGCGUUUCAGGGCCGUAGGAAGCUCUUUUUGAUUGGGGGAGGGGCUGAAAUUGAGGGCCGAAGGCCCGAGGAAAUGUUUAAAUCUGGAGUCUCUGAAAUGCCAUUUCCUGGCCUUUGGGGGAAGAUUUCACAGAAUUCUGAUGGUCAGAAAACAGCGUUUUAGUAUAUCAAAAUUGACAAUUUGGUAGUACUAAAUGGGCGAAGCAUAUUUAAUUUACUAUAUGUUGGAUAACUAGGAUAAGUUGCAGGAAACUGUGGGUACUAUCUUCAUUCUUUGCAGUUUGUCAUGGAUAAUGUAGCCGCUUAAAAUUAAUAAAGCUUAAAAUUGAUCAAGUUCUGCAUGAUUUUGAAGUCAUGCAGACCUUGAAAUCAUGCAUGAUUUUGAAAUCAUGCUACGGUCCUGCGUUUUCUUUCAUUGAUGUUUUCACACAAAAACGGAUAAAAACGAGGUCAAUUGACAAACGUCAUGGAAAUGUUUUCCUAUGGACUGUGUGAACAGAGCGUCAAAUGAAUUUUGCUUCAUUGUUAUAGAUGACGAGAUAGUUGAUAGAUUCUAGACGUUUUUACCAUUCUUGAUCCAAAUAUUUCCAAAUUCAAUAAAAUCAUAUUGGUGAUUUUUUCACUGAUUAUUUUUAUGACCCCCUCCAUUUAUAACAAAACUAUAAAAAGACCCACCCCUUUGAAGCAUGUCAAAAUUGGCUGACCCACCCCCAAAUUCCUCCGCCCCCCCCCCCAGCUAAAAAAAUAAUGCUCCCUUUAUGUUUAAAACAAGUCAAAGAAUACUCUAACUGGAGUACCUGCCAAAUAAUCGAACAUAACAUUUGCAAUUAUGAUUUUAAAUCCAAACACCAAUGUUUUCCUAAAAUAUAUUGCUAAUUAGCUACAUGUUUUUGUUUAAUUUAAGAACAGCAUCAUGUCAACAUUUUUUGCCUUCAAGGGUUUUCAGUCUGUUGCCUUCAUGAAGUAUUUAGCGAUUGUUCAGCAAUACUGACCAAAAACAUCGCAGGCUCAAGUGGUAUCGAAUUACCGAUACUUUUUGCGAGUAUCGAAAGUAUCGAUACUUUUGUAAGUAUCGAUGAUUUCGAUACUUUUUCGAUAGUAUCGCCCAUCACUAGUUGUUACUGUUUCACAAUUUCCUAACACACAAAAAAGACAAAGGAAACAUUUUUUCGGUUUCAUGCAUGGUUCUAAUCAAAGUUCCAUGAGUAUUGUCCGGUAUAUAUCUGGCCAAAUUUUUCCAGAUGUCUAUUUUUAACCAGAUACCAUCAUCUGGCACAUCCCUACCAAUUACAUGGCGGACUUGAAACCCAGUGGUAGGGAAAGCUUUACAGUACUGGUAAUACACUAAGCAAUCACUGUGGAAGCAAAAAUCCAUGCUACAGUAGCAUUGAGCGUUGCUUUAUCAUACUAUAAAUACACGCUUCCGGAAAGUAUGUCACCUUGGCUAUACAGUAGAGCCUCGUAUUCAUGAUUAGACAUCAGGCUUAGCUUUAACCACGACUAAUGUCACAUACACAAAAACUUGUCUCUAUAGCCAAAGUGACAUACUUUCUGGAAGGGUGUACAACACCUACAGUAUGUGCCAGUGUAAGUAUGGUAUCAAUAAUAACAAGCUUUCAUUGGUAGGAGUGCAACUACUGUACCUGAAAAAUGCAAGCCAAAAUUCAAUGAGCACUUCGAGCGAAGGCCCUGUUCUUCUACUGAUUUCCAGACAAAGGGUCUUCGCUCGAAACAUCGAAUUUUGCAUUGUAUUUUUAAGGUACUAGAAUCCCUACCAACAAAAACUUUGUAUUACACCUAACUGACAUGAUUCAUACGCAGGUGUAAAGAGUGGCUUGAACAACAGAAGUUAGAUUAUGAAGCUGAACUUAACAGCAGUAAGUCAUGCACCGAACAAAUUCCUAGCUUGCUUGUCUGGCAUUAGACAUGAGAGUAUCAUACCACAGGAACAUACAUUGGUGCUCAUUGUAGCCUACUAUCCUAGGAUCUGGUGAACGCCUUAUUCCAGAAGGCAUUUUAAGCCUCAAGGGAUACAUGAGUGGUAUAUAACCCUUUAAGUGGCAUUGCAUCCUACUUUGUUAUUUUAUUCUGUCUAAUGCCAGAUUAUUUUAUGUGUCCUCGCCCGGGCAUAGCCACAGGAGUAAUGGGGGUGUCCGAACUCCCCCCCCCCCCCACUUGCUCAUCAAGGGAAGGUGUUGGCAUUCAUGAGUUAAAUAACUUGUUUCAACUAAUCAAUAAAAUAUUUUAAUGAAAAUUUAAAGUGAGAAAAGUGGAACAGGAUGAGCUUGAAGGCCACAGAGAACCAAAUAUGGAAGAAUUAUGUGAAAGGUUUUUUUAUUUAAUUGGGUUUACAAGUUUAUUUCAGUCUAUGGCGUAGAUUUUUUACAUCUUAAGCAUGGCAUACACAAAGACGACACAUUUUAUAUUUUGCAGUAUAUUACAACUUCAAGAACAGUUGCUAGAAGUUUCAUCAAACCACUCAACCAAACAAUACAUUCUGGAAAGGUACUGUAAUUUGGUUUACUAACAUCGUAUAUGUACAGUAAUUCAAUGGUAACUUCUGACCUGUACAAGUACUGUAUUCAUUAUUCUGGUAUCCCUCCCUGAAAUCCAGUAUCCCUGACAUGCAUAUGCAUAGUGACAUGAAAUCGUGCAAAUUGUCAAUCCUACUAUCAGCUUGACAACCUUAAUUAUUACAUCUUGUUUGCAGAUUAACCAACUCGGUCUCACUCUGAUACAUUGUGUUACAGGUUGCUUUCAAGUUAUGUGAAAAUGAAAAUGUUGUUUUCUACGACAGACCCAGAAACUGGAGCAAGUGUACCGAACGAAGAGUAU